GUGUCACAACAUCGAGUAUGAUUUGACAAAGUCAUCCUCGCGCCGUGUAAUUCUGUCAAGAAAACGGCCACGGGACGCCCCCAGCCAGUGUGACAGAUUGGGGUACAUUUGUUUCGCCUCCAAGAUGAGACGUUGCAGCUAGCCGAAGUUGAGGUUUCCAGCCUCCCGAAUUUCGGUUGCUAGAUAUAUAAGCUGUGAAAGAGCUGGAGAACUGAAGAGCUGGCUGAUGUUGGGCAUAUCGUCGCCACCACAUGGUCUUGAGGUAGGCUUGUUGUUUGUCUGUCUGUCUGUCUGUCGGUCGGUCUGUCGGUCUGUUGGUCUGCCUCUCUGCCGCCAACAGCAGCCUGUGUCCGUGUCGUCGGGCUCUCUCUCUGCAGGCUUGUGCAGCCGUGGAAGUCGGCACAGAAUAUCUUUGUGUGCCUCUUUGAGCGGGUGGCUGCAGGUGGUGGAGGGGCAACGGCCAGAAGAAGAUCUUUGGAAGGCUUGUGAGCUUGCGCAAUCACCAGCUUUGUCGGGGUGGCGGAUAGGUGCAUCGCAUGGCAGCUUCCUACGCUCCGCAGCAGUGAUCUGGGCUGGAUCGACUGGGUCUGAUCUGAUCGCUGACUGAUUGCAGCUGCCUCUGGCAGUGAUUGCAGUGAUUGCAGGGCCGCGCCAGACGACAGAUCGCACUAGUGGGCCGGGUCGAUCUGCGAAGCCUCCUCUCUGCUAUAAAUCUCUCCUCUGCAUUUUCCGAAACCUCGACCUGAACCUCCGCCUCUUACUCUCUACCAAAUAACUUCAAGUUCUCAUCAACACCAUCUGCGUCGCUCUUUUGGACCAGAAUUACCCACGAACUUGGAUACUCCAUACUCUUACUCACCACAUUCAUCACCCAACCUCAUCCAUCUCACAUCCUUCACCAUGAAGAUUGUGCAUGUCAUCAGCUUGGUGGUUGCCAGCUUUGCUGCUGCUUCCUAUGCCACUGCCCUCAACUUUGGUGUCCAUGACAAGGUCGUUGCUGCCCUUGCAGCUAGAGACAUGUCCCUUGAUGAGAUCAACGACAUCAUCAAUCUCAUGCCACGCCAAGAGCCAGUGACUGUUACCGUCACCCCUGUUGACUGUCCUCCAUAUGGCACUCCAUCCACCUUGACCCCGACUCUUUCUGUCACUCCAUCCACCACUGCCGUCACAGUCACCUCGUUGACCACUUCUUGGAUCACCACCAUUACUACCCCCGCGCCGUCCACUCCUACCUCUAAGGCCAGCAGUGAGACUCCAGUCGAGACGCCAGGUGUUCCAACAACCUCCACUACUCCAACUGUUGAGACAACUCCGGUUCCUCCUAUUACACCAGUUGAGAGCAGUGUUCCACUUACACCUGUGCCCAACACCCCGACUCCGUCGUCUGAGAGCAGCAGUGUUGUUGAGACCACAUCAUCUUUCACCAUGACUACUACCAGCGUCUCGACCACUUCCACCUCUGAAACUCAGACGACCGCGACUGCCUCUACCUCCACUGGCAUUCCAGAAGCUCCCAACUCAAAUGGCGCUGGAACUGCUGGUGUCAACAUCGCUUUGGCAGGGUUGGUGGCUGUGUUGGCUUUGGCCUGAGUACAUACACCUUCAUGAGAUACCCCGACGCUCUUUGCAGCUAUGUCUGCCAUGUACCACAACAUGCCACUCAUCAGCAUAUGCAAAUGACAACAGACAUUCUCCAUCUCGUCAAGUGAGAUGCAUGAUCACACAACAACAGACUCAGCACUAGCUUUUCCAAAGGAACACCUGAAAUCAAGUGCCAGCAACAGCAUGAUUCUUUCCAGCUAGGCCAUAUUGGACUGGCCACAUGAGUUUAUCAUGAUGGUUCGUGGGGGUGGCAACCACUUCUCUUGAAUUGGAUUGAUGAAUCAAACAUAAUUGCUAUUGCGUCUUAAUUGAUGAUUCCAAUCAUACAGUAUGUUGGCACAGUGAUCACAGUGACGAUCCUUGAACCAUAGCUAGUCUCAAAUGAAAAUGUGCUUUGAACAAAC